CUAAGAAAUAUGGGAGCUGGAUUCUGUAUUGGGCUGACUUGCUGUGAAUAAUGGUGAACUGACAGGAAGAGACAACCAUUUCAUGCACAGGACAUCAGUGGACAGACCUAGGGGCGGACUGACAACGCAUGGGGCCCCCGGGCAAUUGGGGAUCAUGGGGCCCCUGUGUCCUUGCCCAAACUCAAAAAAGCCUAUGAAAAAGGUACCAGGGGCAUCUCAUGGGGCCCCCUACUGACCCCGGGCCCUCGGGCAGUGC